CUGAGAAGGAGCGCGGCAGGCACCGGCAGCCCACCUGCGUUCAGCUCCACUUUUAACAGACUCCUAAGAGGAGGACAUUACAUUAUCAAGAGGAUUGCUGACAGCUCCAGAGCUGAUAAUGCAUUUGUGUCCUUAGGGAGGCGAAGUGAUGAGAAGAUAAAAGAGGAAUCUGGAACAGAUAGAACACUAGAGCUCAAGUUAUCAGAACAGUGAAUCCGCACGAGGAAGAGAGUGGAAGACCAUAUUCCUGGGAGAUGGAGCCGAGCCCUGCGUUGUGGCACUCCCAGGUGGUCCCGCUAGAAACAGACCUGGAGAGGGUGAGCUCUCAUCCCGAGUGCUCCAUCUGCUUCAACACCUACGACAACGUCUUCAAAACGCCAAAACAGUUGGACUGCACUCACACCUUCUGCCUCGAGUGCCUCUCCCGCAUUAUGACCACCUCCACGGACCCCCAAAACUCUAAAAUCUCCUGCCCCUUUUGCCGCCAGCCCACUAUCAUCCCAAAAAAGGGGCCUCCGGCUUUGACCACCAGCCAGGAGGUGCUGUGUCGCCUGCCCGUCCACCAGCAGCAAGAGGAGCCUGUGUGGUUGGAUGGGGAGAGGCUGUGCUACCAACGGCCAAUAGAUAUUCCAGGCGUGCCAGCAUUCUGCAUCUGUGUCGAUAUUGGGGUCAGUGGACAAAGCGCCGUAUCUUCUUCCCAAACUCGACCGCGACUUGGGCUUCUGGAACGGCUGAUGGAUUGGAAGCGUUUGCUUCUCUUUAUAUUCCUCAUGAUGCUGCUGCUGGGGAUCGUUCUGUGGCCCCUGCAGUGCAUCGUCACGACGGGCUCCAUGCGUUGUGCACCCCAGAACUUGCAGAUAUCUACUACCACACCUUCUACUACUACAGUCAAUGUAUAAGUGAGACAGACACGUCUAGAUGGAUAUUGGACUUGCUAAAUCAGGAUGACUGGUGUCAGUUUACAUCCAUACCUUUGUGCAAAGCCUGCUGGGUGCUAAAGGACUAAAGGCAAGCAGCUGGACUGCAGUAAAGACUGAAGAACUGUAUCGGGAUCAUGUGAAGGAGCGUGAGAAAACUGAUUGAUGAUCAACAAUGACCAAAACAAAAGCAAAACCGAUACAAAGUACGGUCACAUUAGUUCUGGUGCAAAUUUGCAGGCAAAAAAGGUGCA